AUGCCUGUCACUCGAACUGAAGCGAAGCCGAAAAGAAUGACACGCCAACUGACUCUGAGCGGGGAGGUAGCAAAUGUUACUCCGCCGUCAUCGUCGUCUAAAUCACGCUCAAAAUCGUCCGUCGACCGCUCCUACGCCAACGCCAUUCUCCCCAUCAAACCCGAAUUUGUGGAGCUCAUUGCGGAGCGGAAGAAAAAUUACGAGUACCGGAAGUACCACUUGAAGGAUACGGUGACCCGAAUCUGGCUCUAUACGACGGCUCCAACGUCCGCCAUCUCGUACGAUUCAAUCUCUCUAUUUAAAAUCCUCAUAACUGAUGCUAAACCUGCAGCUUUUAGGCACGUGAUAAUUACAGGCCGCGCGAAAACACCUGGACAAGUAUGUGAUCCGAGUGGUGUUGGGAAUGACGAUUUCGAUAAUGGGUUGAAGGUGUCCAAGUUUGGUUACCCGGUGCUGGGUCUGUAUAAACUGAGGACACCGCUGAAACCGGAGGCGAUGAAGGCCUAUCAUGUUUCUGUGCCGCAGAUGUACGUGUAUGCGCCUGAAAAGAUGGUUGAAGAGAUACCGCUGGAGGGUAUGGAGAAACUGUUU